GAGUGCUGGCUCAACAGUUGCUAUCAUUCACCCCCUUUUUAACACUUCGAAAUUGCUCUGCUUCGAUUCUCAAGGGUCACAAACACACAGAGAGACUUUGAAGGCAAUGGCCGAUGAAGUGAUCCUCCUGGACUUCUGGCCCAGCAUGUUCGGGAUAAGGUGCCGCGUAGCGCUGGCCGAGAAAGGGGUCGUGUACGAGUACAAGGAAGAGGACCUGUGGAACAAGGGGGAGCUCCUCCUUCAGAUGAACCCGGUCCGCAAGAAAAUCCCUGUCCUCAUCCACAACGGCAAGCCUGUGUGCGAGUCUCUCGUCAUUGUGGAGUAUGUCGACCAGACCUGGAGCCACAAGGCCCCCCUCUUGCCAUCCGAUCCUUACGAACGAGCCCGAGCCAGAUUCUGGGCUGAUUUCAUCGACAAGAAGUUCUAUGGUCAAGGGUGGAAGGUGCUGACGACGAAAGGGGAAGAACAGGAGGCGGCGAAGAAGGAAUUCAUCCACAGCCUAAAACUACUGGAAAGUGAGCUAGGAAACGAGCCUUUCUUUGGGGGCAAGAAGUUCGGGUUCUUGGACAUAUCAUUCAUCGGCUUCUACUGCCGGUUCUACUCCUACGAGAUGUGCGGAAACUUCAGCAUCGAAGCGGAGUGUCCCAAGCUCAUUGCGUGGGGCAAAAGGUGCAUGGAGAAGGAGAGCGUGUCCAAAUCUCUCCCCGACCCUCAAAAGGUGCAUGGCUACGUCUUGGAGCUCAAGAAAGCAAUGGGCAUAGAGUAGGGGACGCUGCUUCUGCUUUUGCUAGACCCUGUUUUUCUCCCUGGUCUGGCUGUCGGCAUUUGCUAUCCUUGUUAGUAAUCCUCUUGUACUCGCAACGGGCUUCUUUGUUUUCUUAAGAAUUCUGUAAUCUGAGAGGACACUUCGCUGUGUCUUCUCUUCAUCUCGUACUACUGGGCGAUCAUAUGGCAUAGUAAGGCAUUCUACCUCAUGUCAUGUUCAGGUAGCAAUCUCCUCGCGAAGGAAGGUUCUGAUCAGGUCAUGAGUACAUUCUGGUUUUCAAUUGUUCUUCGAAA